CUGAACACAUGCAUGAUGUGUGGCAUGAUUCAGGAAGUGGUGGCGCAACAACAAAGACAGACAAAGCAGAAGUGUCUGGCACAGUCAGACAGACGCACUGAACGUUCCACUGAGAGAAUGGCAUCCGUGAGCAACGGCGGCGACAACAUGACAACCAACUGUUCAUUUGAUGGGGUGGACAACCUGAUGAGAUAUUUUGAGCUGGCCAUCUACAUCCCCAUAUUCCCCUUUGGUCUGGUCCUCAAUGUUGUAGCGCUGUUUGUGUUCUGCAUCUUUCUGCGUAAAUGGACGGAGUCAACAAUCUAUAUGACCAGCUUGGCUCUGAUGGACCUGCUCCUCCUCUUCCCUCUUCCCUUCAAAAUGCACGCCACCAAUAACUUCUGGCCCACCUACCUCCAACCCCUCUGUUCAGUCUUGGAAAGCCUGUAUUUUUUUGGGAUAUAUGGCAGCAUCUACACCAUCAUGUGCAUAGCUGUGGACCGAUGGUUGGCCAUCUGUCACCCCUUCAAAGCCAAGGUACUGCGUUCACCCAAAGCGGCUCUGUGGACCUGCUUUGGGGUCUGGGUGCUGGUGCUGGCAGUGAUCACUCAAACCAUCUAUCGCUUCAGGGAGGCCAAGGAGAUGAAAUUCAACUGCUUCCACAGAUUUUCAAAGAAUGGCUGGAAGCCUGAAGUGAUCAUCUGUCUGCAGGUGUUUGGGUUCCUGUUGCCUGCACUGGUGGUGGUAUAUUGUUCUGUCCAGACCAUCUGGGCGCUUCAGCAGUCUGGCCAGCACAGCCCCCAGAGCCGUGCCUGUGUGAAGAUCAUCUACAGCAGCCUGAGUGCUUUCCUUGUGCCUUUCACCCCCAGCCACCUGGGCAUCCUCCUGCAGUUCCUGGUGCACCAAGAAGUGAUUCAGGACUGCAGCAACAAGAAAGGGAUCAGCCUGUUCAUACAGAUAGCCAUGUGCCUGUCCAACAUCACCUGCUGUCUGGACGCCCUGUGCUACUACUUCAUCGCUCAUGAGGUGAGGAGCACCAGAAACACAUUCAGGCUGUCCAUAAUUAGCCAAAGAAGACCCACCUUCAGCACAGAGGUCUGAACACAGCACAAAUACAAUUCAAGUUAAUAUAUAAUUUCAGAGGGCUAGUGAAAACAAGAGCUGGCUUCUUGAGCUUAAGCAGGGCAGUGAAACUGAGAAGUUGCCAGUAUAGUUUCCAGUAGCUAGCCAAUGUGGCAUGCACUAAGAGUAGGAGGGAGAACUCAAAUAGGUUAGAGUGCAAUCUCAGUUAACCACAGUGCUGAGAGUAAAGCUAAAAUGUAGUUUAGGAAGAAGAUCUGACGAGCAAUGAUGCGUGAUUUGGUCUGGUGACAGGAAGCCGGUUGGCACCUCUGUAGCCUCAAGAGCAAAAAAGAAGGUUGCAACAAGGAAAACUACUGACAAGCCACAAUGUGACAUAUUUCUGAAAUGAUUUAAGGAAGACCUUGUGAAAUGUUUCGAAGCACUCUUGGGUCAUCCAGUCCUACACACUGACAACGAGUGAAAAACUGAUGUGCGGUACAAUUAAUUUUAAAAUGGUAAAACUGUAAACCAGGCACCAGUGGCUCAUUGCAGAGCUUUGUAGUUUACUUUGUAGAAGUCAAGUGAAAGAUACGUAAAAGGCGCUCUUACUUUUCUGAUAUGCUCCUCAAUAAAGACAAGAUCAGCCAAGAUCAGGGGCCCAUACAUUUCGGACCAAUUUGGCUCAAUAAACACUGUUAGUAAAUUGUGAAACUUCUAAUAGGACACAACAAAUUAUGAUAGGUUUAAUUUAUAAAGCAUCUGUCAUUUCUAAAAUGCAGAUAUGUAUUAAAAGUCAACUUGAAACAAAUAAAUAAUUCAAACUGAAGCAAACUAAAUCUUCACUUUUAUCUAGAUAUUCGUUUGCACAUUCAUGUACCUAGCGUUUGAAAAAAUGUGAUCCGUAAAUCUCACAAAGACACCAACCAGUUGUGAUCUUGAAACACAUGAAAGUAAUUAAUUAUCAUUCAUUAAGAUUAUGUAAACCUUAAAUGAUACUUAAAACAUUUAAUUACUAUCUUAAUUAGUUUGGUUCUUCAGCACACUGUAACUCAUUUUUCGAAAUAUUACCUACUUGUAAUACAAGUACCUAUAGAUAUCUUUGAUUAAUAAUUAAUAAUAUAUAUAUAUAUAUAUAUAUAUAUAUAGCAUCAGAAAUUUAUUUAACAAAUAGAUUUUGUUUAUUUUUAAGAAUUUCAUCUGGGGAGAAGUUUCUUUUAUGUAUCCAUCCUGUAAAUCCAUAUGUAAAUAUAGCCUGCAGCUGAGUGGCAAAGAGUUUCUGCUUGUAUAGAUUUAAAAUUGACCUCUGAUGUUAAUAAUGCAAAAUCAAAUAAUGUCAGGGGGAAAACGAAUGAUAUGAAGUUUUAUGAAUCCAAAGUGAUGGUGUUGGUUUUUUAUUAUUUGGCUCUUACUUGUCAACUUCUUUAGACUCACAGUAAUGCAUAUAUAUGGAUAUAUAUGACAUGUGUUAAUAUAAUUGUAUAUGUACUUUUUAUUUGAAAUGUUAAUUUUAUUUUUACAAUGUAGCUUCAAACAUGUGCAAUACUAUUAUUAAAGUUGUUAAAAUUAUUAAAGCUGUUAAUGGCUGUGCACCUGACCACUGUACUACGAGACUGUUUUGAUAUUAGUUUGUUUGCAGGAGGACAUUUGAGUUAUUUGAAUACGGUAAAAGCUAAACCCAAAUGGAAUGAUGUACAUGCUCUGUUUGUUGUUUUGUUUUUGCUCAGUGGUGAACAGAGUCACGCUGUGGUAACUGCACUCAAUUAGGGGAUUUACUGUAUAUUAAUAUUGUUUUUAUUGUAUGAAAUAAUAAGUACAAAUCUCUCUUCUGAAACUGGAAAAAAGACACGAAACUGUUUUGCUCUACUUGCAUUACUUGUUACUUUCAUGUUGCACUAGCCUCCUCUUUGUUGAGUUUCAAUUGUAUUAAUUUAUGCCCAAUUCUUUAGUUUCUGAGUGAAAUUUGUUUUUGUGAAGUCAUGGAGCUGCUCGACAUGUUUUUUUUCCUGUUCUUUUGUGCAACGAGUCUGUAAAAUAAAGAAAGCCCGGAC